GAGAGUAUCACAUUCAUCUCACUCUGCACCAAGCAAUGGAAUCUCAUCUUAAUUCCAAAACAUUAUUUCUUGUGCUUUUCUUCUUAACCUUUGCACAAACUUGCUAUGGAGCAGUUCUCUUCUCUUCCCUUCCACAAACUCUGCUUGUCUCUGCUUCUCCUAAAGAAGGCCAAGUUGUAAAAGCUGGAGAAGACAGCAUAAGUAUGAGCUGGGGACUGAACCAGAGCUAUGAAAGAGGGGUAGAUGAGUCAUAUAAGACCACAAAGGUGAAACUAUGCUAUGCCCCAGAAAGCCAGGCAGACCGAGGAUGGAGGAAAACUGUGGAUGACCUUAGCAAGGACAAAACAUGCCAAUUUAGCAUAGUUGAAAGGCCUUACUACAGUAGUGAAAAAAACCAAAGUUUUGAAUGGAUGAUAGAGACUGAUGUUCCCACAGCCUUGUAUUUCGUUAGAGCUUAUGCAUAUGAUUCGGCUGGUAAUGAGGUGGCUUAUGGUCACACCAUUGCUCUCUUCAAGGUUCAAGCAACCAGUGGCCGCCAUUUGUCUCUUGACAUUGCUGCGGCUUGCUUCUCUGGCUUCGCUUUGGUGUCUGUCUUUGGGUUCUUCUUUGCAGAAAAAAGGGGUAGAAGGCUUAUGGCUGCAAACAAUUGAUGAGAGGAUAACGCAACUCUCCUCACUGAUUAGAAAGGAGAAAUUGUGGAGAAAAUUUUAAUAAUAAGGUCAAAGUUCAAAUAUUGUUUACAAAGAAUAGAAUUGUUCCCCGUAUGAGGGGUUCCAUUGGAGA